UUAAACCUUAUGAGUUACUUCACUAUAUCAAGCUCCCACCAGAAUGGGUGCUUAUAUCAUGUUAAAUUAUCGCUUAUCCAGUGCUGUUAUUUGGCUGCACUGCAGUUUACUUUGAAACGCAAACCGGAAGCGAUUAAUGUUUCAGAUAAAGCAGCUUGUAGUGCGUCGGUGAUGGUGCUGAGGAGAGAGCAUCUCCCAGGCCGAGCUUUUUGGGAGAUACUGCGUUAGAUGGUCCAGAAGUGGCAUCACACUCGUCUGCCGGUGGACAUCUUCUCCAUAUAGUAGAACGAUGGUGGAUUUCUCCCAAGGUGGCGCGGUGUGUCACAGCAGACACGGCCUGAGCAGCAGCAGCAGCGGCGGCGGCAAGAAAACGUCGAAAAGGUCUCGAACGAGAAGAAGCAAACGAGGUCGGAGACGUCGGAAUAAAAAGAACAACAGGAACAAUAACAAUAAAACGCCGCCACCGUUUUUACCACCGGAGGCAGAAGAAGGAAACAUUGAAUAUAAGCUCAAGCUGGUCAACCCUACUCAGUACCGCUUCGAGCAUCUUGCCACACAGCUCAAAUGGCGUCUCCAGGAGGGUCGCGGCGAAGCCGUCUACCAGAUUGGCGUGGAGGACAACGGGCUCCUGGUGGGGCUGAGCGAGGCCGACCUGAAGGCGUCUAUCAGCACCUUGAAGAAGAUGGCCGACAAGGUGGGCGCAGACAUCACCGUUCUUCGAGAGAGGGAGGUGGACUACGACCUGGACAGAAGCACGCGAAGAAUCGCUGAGGUUCUGGUGCGAAAAGUUCCAGAUGAUCAGCAGUUCCUGGACCUGCGCGUGGCUGUGCUGGGGAACGUGGAUUCCGGGAAGUCAACUCUGCUCGGCGUCCUGACGCAAGGCGAGCUGGACAAUGGGCGAGGACGAGCGCGCCUCAACCUCUUCAGACACCUUCACGAGAUCCAAACGGGACGCACAUCCAGCAUCAGCUUUGAGAUCCUGGGCUUCAACAGCAAAGGAGAAGUGGUCAACUACAGCGACUCUCGCAGCGCCGAGGAGAUCUGCGAGAGCUCCUCCAAGAUGAUCACCUUCAUGGACCUGGCUGGACACUACAAGUAUCUGAAGACCACCAUCUUUGGUCUCACCAGCUACUGCCCUGACUUCGCUAUGCUGGUGGUCAGUGGCAACACUGGCGUCGCCGGUACCACCCGGGAGCAUCUGGGUCUGGCCAUGGCGUUGAAAGUUCCCAUCUUUGUGGUGGUCAGCAAAGUGGACGUGUGCUCUCGCGGCACUGUGGACCGAACGCUGCGUCAGCUGGAACGACUCCUCAAGCAGCCGGGCUGCAACAAAGUCCCUCUGCUGGUGUUCAACCCGGACGACGCCGUCACCGCGGCGCAACAGUUUGCUCAGUCGGCGUGCAUCACGCCCAUCUUGACACUGUCCAGCGUGUCAGGAGAAAGCCUGGAACUCCUCAAAGUCUUCUUGAAUGUUCUUCCUCCUCUGAGCAACAGCAAGGAACAAGAGGAGCUCAUGCAGCAGCUCACCGAGUUCCAGGUGGAUGAGAUCUACUCUGUGCCUGACGUGGGGACAGUGGUGGGCGGGACUUUAUACAGUGGGGUGUGUCGUGAGGGUGAGCGUCUCGUGGUCGGCCCCACAGACGAAGGUCACUUCCUGCGUCUGAAGGUGGUGAGCAUCCAGAGGAACCGCUCGGCGUGCAGGCUGCUGAGGGCGGGCCAAGCCGCCACGCUGGCGCUCGGCAGCUUCGACCGGUCGCUGCUGCGUAAGGGGAUGGUGAUGGUGAGUCCCAAGAUGAAGCCCACCAUCUGUUGCGAGUUUGAGGCCGCCAUCGUGCUCCUCUUCCACGCCAAAACCUUCCGUCGCGGGUCACAGGUCACCGCCCACGUGGGCAACGUGCGACAGACGGCUGUGGUCGAGUGCCUCCACGGGAAGGACGAGCUGCGAACUGGCGAGCGAGCUGUCGUUCGAUUCCGCUUCAUCAAACAUCCUGAGUACCUCCGGACCGGUGCCAAGCUGCUUUUCAGAGAGGGCGUGACCAAAGGCAUCGGCCACGUCACCCGUCUGCUGCCUGCUGACCAGAACCACCAGCAGAACCAGAACCUUCAACAGCUCUGAAGACAUGACGGGCGGUGGAUCAGUGGAUGAGUGGUUCCGGUCUGGUCUGCGAACCCCCUACCCCCCCAGCUCUUCAUCCUCUUUGCUAAUCUGAUGUUGUCCCAUACGCUGAUCCGGAUUAUUUCCAAGCACGCUCCAAGAAGUUGUUUGUGUGUCAUGACUUGUUUGAGCACUUUAGGGCGUUUUGCAGCGAAAAGAUGAACACUGAAUGUAUCGCAGAUAAAUAUUAUUUAACUAAACUUUGACAUUUGUUGUGCAUGUGAGCGCUCAACGUUUACAUUUCAUGAAUAAACUCACAUGACUUCCAACUCAAGAUGGCCACUCUAGUUUGGCCUACUAGCGUAGCGUGCUGGCACUUUAUGUAGACAGGUAGAAGGCGGAACUUAAUCUUUAAUUUUGUUGUUAUAUUUCAUCUUUGACAGCUGUCCAUCAUUGUGGUCAUGUCGUCGGAACGUCCAACCAGCUCAAAAUUCAUGCCAGACUUCUCUGUCGGGGGCGGAUCCUCAGAUAGAGCUGGGAGGAAGUGAUGAGAAACUUAACACCGUCAUGCAGUCGCCCUCCUGGAAGCCCAGCUCGUCACUGCUCUGGGGCUCAUAGUUCCACAGGGCGUAGACCACCCCUCUGUUCAUCACCCCCAUCUUCUCCUGGACGCCUGCACACGGUACAGGAGCACACACUGGAACACUGAGAUCAUCAUUUCAGAACCCUUGUUGACGUCUCAAAAAAGCAAGUAGGAUGUCCCUGAGUAGAUAAUGACUCCAGGAGAACCUGUUGCUCACCAUAGAGGAACUGGGAGCACUGGGCGUAGCCGUCCUCCGUUUCUUCACACUUGUCAGCAGCCGUCUGCAAGUCGCUGUACGUGGCGGCGAAGACGGCGGCCCCCGACUCCACCAGGAACUUGCACACCUGCACGUUGUUGCAGGAGGCGGCGCAGUGCAGCGGCGUCCUGGCAACACAGCAAAAGACAAGUUAAGAACGCAGCUUUACACCGUGGGGCCCUGUGGGCGCCACACUCUACUGACCAGCCGUCACUGUCUGCGGCGUUGACGUUGACGCCAAACUGGACCAGAAACUUGACGAUCUCCGUGUGUCCGGCGCACACGGCGUUGUGUAGCGCCGUGAUGCCCUCGUCGUUGGCUGAACUGGGAUCGUCGACCUAAAAAAAAAAAAAAGACAGGAGUCAAGCGUCUUCUACGGGAUGGCGGCGCAUCCAAGAUGCCGAAUGGACUCACAUCGUAGAUCACCCUGCGGACAAGGUCGUAUUCGCCCUCUAGGGACGAGUCCAGCAGGAUGGCCAGGGGGUUGAACUUGACCCGGACUGCCCGGUCUACAGGACCUGAGUCAGCUUUGCGGAGGAUGGACUUCUUUCCCUGAAAGAGGUCCACUUCAUUAGAUAGAAUGUUUGGGUUUUUUUGGUUUUCGAAGUGGACUCACCACCAAUGUCAUGACCUGCCCGGUGACCUCUGGGGGACACAGGACUUGGGUGUCCUCUCCUUGUAGGAGGUACGGUGGGGGAGAGGAGGAGAGGUCCUGGGGUUGGGAGGUGACCGGAUACACCGCUUCCUCCUUGACCUCCCCCAGAGGGGCGGCUGGCGGGCAGUAGGAUGUGGAGUUUAAGAUGGGUGACCGUGGGGGUAUUGGGGGCGGGCUCAUAUCCUCUGAGCCAGUAACUGGGGUCUCCGUGAGGAUGGUCUCCAUGGCAGCCAGAGUGGUCUUCUGGUAGAGAAGCUUCUGGAUGUUGGGUCCUACUGGACCCUCGGGCUCCGUGAUGGAGCCGCGCUUCUUCAGGGGCCGGGGGGCGUGGUGGCGGCGCCGCAGGGCUUCCGUGUCGGUGUCGCCGGCGCUCCUGAGGGGGGUAGAUAGAAAGGGGAGGAGCUUUGUGGGACUGAGCGGUCGAGGCGGGGCUCGCUCUGCAGCCUCCAUCCCAGAACCUUCACUCUCGUUCCUCUUAGAAGCACACGAGAGGGCAGACUGCUGCUCCCCACUGGCCGGGAGGACUGGUUUCCCAUACACUGGGGGGAGGAAGACCAGUUUUUAGUUGGAAAGCUAAUGAAGCAUUCGAUUUGUGGCGACAAGAGACCUGGUUGGCAGCGAGGCAGCGUGCUCGCCUGGUAGCUCUUUCCCAGGAGGCUUUGCUGCGUGUACACAGAGUAGAUGGACGCCGCCGCCACCCUCUGAGGCUUCUGCAACACGGGGCUCGGGGGCGCCGAGGGCUCCGGGGUGUAAGGUCGUACGGUGGCAGCGGGGGGGCUUUCCUGCUUUCUGGCCAGUGGGAGGGUGUGACUGUAAUGAGCACCCCCUGCUGGCCGCGUCUUUCCAGGGAAGGUUCCGGUGGAGAAGGUGGUCGCUGGAGGCGGAGCUAGCUUAAAAGACAAACGACCCAAACACCUUUGGAAACCACCCACAGGGACGAUAUCAUAGGUUUGACUUCACCGGUACCUGGCGAUUCCCGGGGGGGUCUUCAGUCAUGUGAUUGGUCCUUAAAGGGACAGGGGGCGAGGUUUCUGCUGUGGAGAACAUCAUCAGUGUGUUGAAAGCAUAACCUACCAGUGUCCUUGAAGGCAACACAUGCCACACCUGAAGUGUAGUGGCGCAAGCUGGCCAUGCGGGGCAGUGUGGAGGCGUGGGCGGGGCUGGACUUGUCCCUGGUCUUGACAGCUGCAACGCAACAACACAUCUGAUUGGUUCAUCAAGAUCACAUGACUGCAUCAAGCUCACAAUCUACCUGAGGCUGCUUUGAGCGGGCGGGGCGGAGGCUUCAAGGACCGGUUAGGCAUCGGCAGAGUGGCUGUGCCAUCCCGGUAGGCGGGCUUCGCUACGACGUCUUGGUGAGCGGGAGGCGCCGGCACCUGACAGGACGACUGGAUGUACGGGCCCACCGCCGCCACCUUGGAGGCCACAGCACUUUCUGAGGUCACCUGCAUGGGGGAGCCCACACAAACGGUUCCUGUUCCAGCCGUCCAGACAUUGGCGGACCCACCCAAUGGCUCCCCAACGGCCCACACAUUUGCCGUGUUCUCCUGGUGCUGCAGCGCCGCCUUUUUCUUCCAGAGACGAUGGCGGAGCUCAGCCAGGCGCCGCUCCAUGGCCGCCACCUCCAGGUUCUUCUUGUUCAGCCCCUCCCUCUGCUGCUGCAGGCGGGUGCUCUGGUCCUGGUUCAGUUGGUUCCUCACCUAAAAAAGGUCCAACGCCAAAUAAGCAUUUUUUAAUUAGCACGCCAUGUUAGCAUCUCGGCUAGCACGCUGACCUGCAGCUCUCUGCAGAGACGCUCCAGCUCCACGGACGAGGAAGAGGUGGAAUGGAGGCGUGAAAGAGGAGGCAGAAGUGAGCUGCUCCUCAGCGCCUCCAGCUGGAGGCUUAACUCCUCCACGCGGGUGACGGCCAGAAGUACCUCCUUCUGUUUCUGCUGGAGAACGCCGCUCAUCUGCUCCACCUCCUCCACUGGAGAAGCAAAAGCAGCACCUCAGCGAUAAUAAUCCAACCAUAUCACCCCCCCCCCCCCCCCCCCCCCAAAACACCCUGUCUCACCCAGCUUGCUGUUGCUGAGGCGUUUGGUCUCCACUUGGCCCCUGAGGGCCCGCACACGCUGCAAUUUGGCCUCCUGCUUCAAGAUGUUCUCCCGCAGCCGCUGCACUUGCUCCUUCUCCGACGCUUCCUGAUGCCCAUCUUGCCUCAAGCUCCUCAGUCGCUGCACAGAAGACGGAUGAUGACAUCAUCUAACUUGUCUACAAGUCAGAACUGUGACGGCUAGCUAGUCACCUCUUGGUCCACAGUCAUGUGACCUGUGCUCCUCAUGUGAUCAGCUGGCCUGCACACACCUGAGCAGAAAGACACAGUAGCUUAGCAUCAGAUUGUGUGUGUGUGUGCUUGUGUGUGUGUGUGUCUACCUGGUUGUGGUCCGGGGUCCGCUGGGGGCCGCAGGAGGUACGUCACCUCCACUCUGUGCUGUCCCCAACGCUGCAACACCUCCAUCAUCUUCUCCUCCUCCCCGACGGUGCGCUCUGAUUGGUCGAGACAUAUAUCAGUCAGUGUGUUUGUGUGUUUGUGUGAUUAAAUGCACAAACAAUAAGGACACGCCCACUAGCAAGAGUGGAGCACUGCAUGCUGGGAACAGACCGGAUCCUCUCCACGUCUCAGUCAGGGAGCAACGGACUUCUCCGGGUUCCCUGCAAACGUCCAGGACGUCCUGACACAGCGUGUGCGGCAUGAUGGGAAUCUCGCAGGCAUCCUGCUCGCCGCUGCCGAGGAAGACGGUCAGGAACAUCUGAAGGAAAAGGAAUCAUGUGAUUGCGGUCAUGGCAUUCGAGUACGCUCAUGCUAGCAAACGUUCUUGUGUGGUUCCGAUGACUCAUCAAAUUUAUUUGGACGGUCGUUGGUCCAUGUGGUGUUCCCAUCAUGCACCAUCUGACGCACCAGCGGGAGAAUCCGUCUGGUGGCAACAUGCCUGGAGGCGGUCCUAGUUUUAAAAAUAACCUUUGACCUUCCCGAUGACUUCUUUCAACAUAGCUGUUUUGCUAUGGUGAGCGUGGGAAGCCAUGUUGGAAAACUUCUCCUACUUUGGGCUCUUGAGGAAAAGUGGAGCAGCAGUCCAGAUUGUCAUGAGGGGUGGGGGUGGGGGGCAGGGUCAGACUGUUAUUGCAGAGGGAUGGGUGGGUGGGGGGGGCAGGCUGUUAUUGCGGAGUC